AUUUGAAGUUGUAAGAAUUUGUUACAGACACUGAAUGCCGAACUCCAAACACCAACUACCCAACUCCGAACACUGUCCACAAAUAAGUUGGAGACUAUAACAAUAUAAUAUGUCAUAACUUCUGGUAGUGACAUAAUAAAUAGAAAUUUCAAUCUUCUAAGAGUGUAUAUGAAAGACUUUAACAUGUUUUAUAUAUGUUCUAUACAGUUUAUUCAAAACUCAUUUUAGUAUGACAACGAUCAACUUGCUGCUAUUUGUUCUGCUUGGCCUGAUCCUUGCAACAUAUACUUCUGCAAACCCAACAAAUCGGCACAAUGAGAAUUUAGUCCUUUAUGUAAAUGCUCCACAGAAAUGCUGUACACCGUAUCAAUGGCACGCCAAUAUCAGCCGGGUUGAACGCUUAACCUUUAAAUCCAAUCCCCUGCAGUUUGAAGUCAUGGGUCAAAUGUGGUUUGAUGGGAAAAAUGAAAGAACUGCAGUCCAUGCUAUCGUCCAAAAUGGACAUCCUGAAGUGGUGACCAUGAUCCAAGAUUUCAAGGCUAACAAACAUUAUACAAUACACAAUACAUAUAAGAAAUGUGAGGUUGGACCAAUAGUUUAUCCUAAACCAGAGCGCUGUAUUCCGGAUGAUGCCGAAUUUCUGGGAGAAGAAAUACUUGGUGAGAGUUUAAAGGUCAACUCCUGGAAAGCUCCUUUCAAAGGUAAAACAUAUGAUGUUAAAACACAUUUCACAAUGACAGACACCUGCAUUCCAGUGACGAGUACUAUGUCUGGAAUACUCAGUUCCCCUGUAGGGAAAGUGCACAUGUUAAGGAUGACAACAACAUUCAACUUCAAAGAUGGAAUCAAGGAUUUCAGCAUAUUUGACAUACCCAGUUACUGCAACAAGGAACUGUGAUUUCUCCCAUAAAUCCCAUUUGCUAGACUGAUAAAAGCUUAAGAUUCUCAUAUGGGGCUUCUAUGGAAGUUUGAAUGUAAAACAAGCUUAGAUCACUUUGCCAAAAGUCUUUUUAUUGCCUAUUAAUGACACCAUCUUUCAAUCAAAGAAAAACUGAUUGUUUUUAAUGAUACAGAAAGUUCCAUAAAUAAUGUGAAAGUUAAAGAACUAUACGUAAAGAAGCAUUUAUUA